CCACUGCCGCUCUGCACCCUGUGUGACCACAUCUGUGUCCUUUUGGGAAGGAAGUUCUGCCAUUGUGGAUGGAAAGCCCACACUGCAGCCCCAUCUAGCCCAGGCUCCAGGUGCUCAGAGGUGAACUCAGUGGAGGAUCUGUGCUUCCUGGAGUCUGAUGCCGCUUCUGUGGAGGAGCUGCCCAGUGAGGACCCCAAAGAGGGGGCUUUCCGGGAGGACCAGGAACCCCUCGAUGUGGCUCUGCCCCCUGAGAAAGCUGAGAGCCACGAGAGUCCAGGACAGCUCCUUGGUGUGGACAACAGCGAAUGGGCGGCAGCCCGAGAUGGCCCGCGAGGAGGGGGCAGGAGGCGCCUGAACAUUGACGCCCUGCAGUGUGAUGUCUCGGUAGAGGAGGACAACCGUCAGGAAUGGACGUUCACACUCUACGACUUCGACAACAGUGGGAAGGUCACCAGGGAGGACAUGUCCAGCCUGAUGCACACCAUCUAUGAGGUGGUCGGCGCCUCCAUGAACCACUCUUCUGGCAGCAGCAAGACCCUCCGUGUAAAGCUGACUGUCAGCCCUGAGUCUGUGGGCACAAGGAAGGAGUGUCCUCCUGCCAGCCAGGACCGGGCGCCCACUCGCAGCAGGACAGAGAGUGAGCUGGCUGAGGACCCCCGGGGGGCUGACAAGAGGCUGUCUGCCCACAUCAGGAGGCCUAGUGGUGACCCACGCCCCUGCCCCGAACGGGGUCCCUACUGUGUGGACGAGAACACGGAGCGCAGGAACCACUACCUGGACCUCGCUGGAAUUGAAAACUACACCUCCAAGUUUGGUCCUGGGUUACCACCAGAGCAAGCACGGCAGGAGCACCCCAGCAGGGCUGCACACCCCCAGAGCCGUUCCCGCUCCCAGGAGCCUGACUCCCAUGCUCUGCACCACCGCCGCUCCCAGGUACUGGCUGAUCACACUGCGCUGGCCACUGAGCCUGCUGCCCGAGGCCUGGACUUGCAGACCCGGCUGAAGGGGCCAGAGAAGCCAUUCCUCAGGUCCCCCAAAGGUCUCGGGAAGCUGCCUGGGGCAGUGGGCAGUGGGAAGCCUGGCAGAGCCCCUGGCUACCACCUGCCAGCCGCCAUACCAUCGCAGGCUACCCUGGAUGGUGGCCACCACCUGCCUCAGCCUCCACUGCCACCCCCACCACAGCCCCACAGCCACAGGCGGCCACGGCAGAAGGGCAGGGAGAGUCACUCGCCACUCAAGGUUGUGCACAGCCAGCCUGCCGUGAUGGAGCAUGAGGUGGUGCGGGACCUGCCACACACGCUGGGUGCUGAGGGCCACACAGUGCCUGUGGUCCAGCGGCACGAACACCACCACCACCACGAGCACCACCAUCACCACCACCAUCACCACUUCCACCCGUCCUAGCACCCAGCUCACCUGGCACGAGGCACCACGUGCCAGGCCACACACUCCGGGGCGGGCGUGGAACAGGAGCCUCGUGCCUGUGAGAGCUUGGUGUCCCCAACUUGACACCUGGCUCAGAGCCUCGGAGGCAGAGCGGGGACGUGACAGCGAGGCCUUUCUUGGCCGCAUCCUCCUCGAUGCUGCACAGGCAGGAGCACGUGGUGCUGACAGUGCCCAGCGGGAAGCUGUGUCCUGCAGACACCACAAGAGUGGAAACCCACUGUGCUGUUCGAUCACAGCGUCCAGAGUGUGGUGGGGAACCUGCUCUCACUUCCCAGGCUGUGGACUUCUGGUGUAGCUGCGAGCACACUCGUUCCAUGUGAAGUUGGGGCCAGGGCAGCUCCACGUGUGCCGUGCGUCCUAGGUCCACGUGUGCGUGGCUCCAAGCACAAAUGCAGCAUCAGAACAGCAUCUGUGGAAUUGGCUGGCAGGUGGGGAGCCGUGGGUCCAGUUGCUGCACAGGGCAGGGACAGUGUGCAGGGUGUGGUCAGUCGACGGAACUGGCAAGGGCGGUGCUCAUGCGUGGCUCAUCCAGGCAAGGGGGCCAGACUCAGGUCGCUCUUGUGGAGGCAGGACCUUCCCAGGCGUCCCCUUCCAUGACAGCCAGCAGCACGGGCCCGUGAUGGUUUGCUUUUAAACAUGAAACAAUAAGCAGACUGACAGCCAGGUGGGCACUGAGGUGUCCCUGCAAGCGCAGUACAGACCCUGCACUUGGUAACCUGUCUCGCUGUCCGAACAGGCUUUCCCGAGCACAUACGCACACCCCACCUUGUGGCCGCGGGUCACAUACAUGGCACCCAGGGUGUGAGCUGUGAGGCGCAUGCCUGCUGUGGGUAAAACCCAGGGACACUGCCAUGGCACAGGCGAGGGCUUUUUCACUGUGUUGCUCUAAUAAACCUGCCGUGUAAGCCCAAACAGCUGUGACCGCAGCCACUGGGCACCAUCCUGGGCUGUGAGGAGCGGGUCCUGGCAGCAGCUGAGGGAGGCACAGGGAGGGAGCCAAACAGUCUGUCAGGAACACAAGCAGCCUUGCCGAGUGUAUGAGGCUCAGCACUCAGGGCUCCUGCACCCCUGGCCUCUCCUAUGAGCCCGUUCUGUUCGGGAGAGCUGGGAUCCUGCUGGACCUGACUGUACCCCGCACGUGGUGGGCUCCAGGCCCCUCAGGGUGAGUCCUGGUGUGGGAGCCCACCCCACAACAGCCUCAGCCUUCUCCCACCCAGCUGUCCUCCAGUGAUGUCACAGGGCCACUCCCCCAGCACCCUCCAGGGCCCAGCGGAGCAGCUGAUGGGGGCUCAGGCUGAGCUCUGCCUGCCCUGGGUGCAGUCCCUGGUUUAGGACAGGCUGAGUAGCAGUGGGGACUGACCAGCCCCGGGACUGUGCCUGCGACAGCCGCCGCACCUUGAGGGUGGCAGUAAAGAGAGAGCUUAAUGCACUGUGCAUGAGCCAGCGUGGACAUGGACCUGCCGUGUCCCCAUCUGUGGGCCAAACACCGAGUAUCAUGGGUGCUGGCCUGGCCUACCUGGGAGUCCGAGGCCCUUGGGUCAGGAAGGCAACCCUGCCAGGCACUGCAGCCUCUCCAGGCAGGACAGCAGCGGUCACAGCUGCAGACCAAGUGCUUUCUGUGAGAGAAGUGAAGGCUUGAGGGCCUGAGUAUACAUAUGGGCCGUCUGCUGGCGGCCUCCUAGGACAGCCCGGAGGUACACUCCCAAGUCACUGCUCCCCACGCUGUCCCUUUCUUCAGGGCUUCCUCCUACCCUCCUAGCCCCCUCUGCCACUCGCUUGAGGAACGUUCCCCCACCUGGCUAGGUGGCACCAAGCAGCCAAGCUCAGAGCUCCGUGGUGCUCGCACGUCUGGGGACACAGCCAGCAGGGGCACAGGUGGGGGCACCACUGACAUCCCAGUGCCCACCCACCCUUCUCUCUGCCCCUGGUGACCAGCAGCCUGCUGGGCCCCGGCCUUGGGCCUGCCACAUGCCCGCAGCCCCACCCACAGCCCUGUGACAUCCUGCCUUCCAGGACUGGACACUGGCUGAGGACAUGAACAGUGCUGUGGCAAAGGGUGGGACAAGCAUCGUGACGGCAGCUUGGGGAGCCACACCGUCUCCGUGUGCUGCUCUGGGAACCGUGGCAAAGGCGAGCGAGCUGUCCUGUUGAAGUCCUGGUGCUCCUGCUGCUACAGCACAGGGUGAUGCCUGGGGGCAGAACUGCCCGGUGUGGGGAGGCCUCGGGUUCCGUCCCCAGCACCCUGGUGAAGACAGGAGGCGGUGCAGGGUGGGCCACUUGUCACUCGGCAGAACUCUGUGCUGCUCUACACCGACAGACCCUGCGGUCAUCUGCAAUGGGGAGACGCUUCAGCCACUAGGACUUCACAGAACU